CUUUAAGAGGACCAGAAGAAUAUGUACCUCUGAUAUGGUGGAAAAAGACGAAAAGUUACUGACUGACACUUUAAUAGCAAAUGGUUAUCCACUCAAGUUUAUUAAUAGGUGCAGAAGUCAGUUAAUGCCAAGACCUCUAACUUAUUCAGUGCCAAAGAAAAAGGUUUACAUCAAUCUACCAUAUAGAGGCGAAUCAAACAGUAUUGUUUUAAGGCACAGAUUGAAAGCAGCCAUUGAGAAUACAUAUUAUGCUGCUCAGUUGGUAGUGAUUGAAAAGUCUAAGGCCAUGAUUCAUAAUAGACCCAAACAAUGCACUAAUGAUUACGUCACAUCCCAUUGUAUUUACCAAUUUACAUGUUUGUGUGGACACACAUACAUAGGGAGGAGUAAUCGAACAAUGCAAGCAAGGGUCAAUGAACAUGUACCCAGAUGGCUUCAAAAUCAGUGUGUGUCAAAUGAUCCGAUCAAUGUAGGAGGUAGAAAACCAAGUUCAUCGAUAGCAAAACACAUAAUUGAGACGGGGCACAAAAUUAACAUUAAUACAGCAUUUAGAAUGUUGUAUAGAAAUUGUCAAGGUCGAAUUCUUAAGUUUAUUGAAGCCUUAGCUAUUCGUAAAUUUAAACCCCCCUUAUGUGUACAAAAACAAUUUGUCGUAACCUUGAAUUUACCUUGGUAAUCCUUAAGUCAUUCUAUGGCCUAGGAUAACGCGACAAUUUCUUAUUCUUUCUCCCCCCUUAGUUAUUUUAGUUGUACUUUUAUUUGUUUGUUUGACCUUUAUUAAUUUUCAUAUAAAAAUGCCUUGACAAGUAUAUGUGUGACCAGAUUGUUCGAAAUGUAUAGCGCAAAUACAUCACAUUUUUCAGAUCAACUCCGUCUUCUCAUUGUUCUAU